GGGGAGUGAAUGUACAGUCUCUCUCUGGAUCCCCUUCCAAUUUCCAAGUUUAUACGGCUCUGCUAAAACCUCACGAAAGGAUCAUGGCUCUUGAUCUGCCUCAUGGUGGUCAUCUGUCACAUGGUUAUCAGACUGAUACAAAGAAGAUAUCUGCUGUGUCUAUAUUUUUUGAGACGAUGCCUUACAGACUGGAUGAGAGCACUGGCUACAUUGACUAUGAUCAGCUGGAGCAAAGUGCUACACUCUUCAGACCCAAAUUAAUAGUUGCUGGUGCAAGUGCUUAUGCUCGCCUAUAUGAUUAUGCACGGAUUCGCAAGGUCUGUGACAAGCAAAAAGCAGUCAUGUUGGCUGACAUGGCACAUAUUAGUGGAUUGGUUGCUGCUGGUGUCAUUCCAUCACCAUUUGAGUAUGCAGAUAUAGUUACAACAACCACCCACAAAUCACUUCGUGGGCCACGUGGAGCAAUGAUCUUCUUCAGGAAGGGAGUAAAAGGGAUCAAUAAACAAGGACAAGAAGUGAUUUAUGACUAUGAAGACAAAAUUAAUCAGGCUGUAUUUCCCGGACUUCAAGGUGGACCCCACAAUCACACUAUAACUGCCUUAGCAGUUGCACUGAAACAGGCUAUGACUCCAGAAUACAAGGCAUAUCAAGAGCAAGUUCUCAGUAAUUGCUCAAAGUUCGCAGAUACUUUGCUCGAGAAAGGCUAUGAACUUGUAUCUGGUGGAACUGAUAACCAUCUUGUCUUGGUAAAUUUGAGAAACAAGGGUAUUGAUGGCUCCAGAGUUGAAAAAGUUUUGGAGGCGGUGCACAUUGCUGCCAAUAAAAAUACUGUUCCUGGGGAUGUAUCUGCCAUGGUGCCUGGAGGCAUUCGUAUGGGAACUCCGGCUCUGACAUCAAGGGGAUUCGUUGAACAAGAUUUCGUUAAAGUUGCUGAGUUCUUUGAUGCAGCUGUGACAGUGGCCCUGAAGAUCAAGGCUAAUACAAAUGGAACAAAGUUGAAGGACUUUGUGGCGACAAUGAAGACAGAAGCUUAUCAUCCUGAUCUAUCAAAGUUGCGCUAUGAAAUUGAGGAGUAUGCAAAGCAAUUUCCUACUGUUGGUUUUGAGAAAGAAACUAUGAAGUUCAAGGACUGAACCAGGCCUGAUAUUCAGAGGAGAUUCGAUGCAUGAAAGGCAUUUUGAUACUUGCAGUGGCAAGGAAGGUUUGACAGCUUAGAUUUGAUUGUUGAAGUUCUCGAGGGCGAGAAUCUAAUGGCUCUAUGUCUUGGCAUUAUUAUGUAUAAAUCAAUCUCUCAUCUAACUUGAUGGUAAUAAAGGUUUUCUUUUCUCAUCAGUUAUGAGGUUUCGGGCUUUUUCUUUGUGCUGAGUACCAAUUAUCUGUUUUUAAGGACGUCUCCAUGUACGGUAUGGGAUUUUUUUCUGAAAGCUGUAAAUCUUACAUAUAAAUUCUAAGAAUGUGUCUGGGUCCUA